CCAGCGAACGGCCGCCGUGGCGCCACCAUCGGCCGACGCGGUCGCUGUUUUCGUCCUGUGUUGCACGGCGAUCAGCAAUUUUCCAGGCUGAGGAAAAUCGAGUGGUUCGCCGGCCUCGCCGUGUGCAAAAGAGAUCGCUGAACAGAAAUAUAAACAGAAUGGAGGGAGACGAUGGUCCCUCGGCCAUCAGUAACAAACCUACCGUUAUCAAAGCGGCACAAGAGGAAAUGGGACGACUGGAUGUAUUAGUAUGUGGACAGUGUCAUUCUGUGUUUCAUUUCAUCGAGGAAUUUCAAGAACAUCGUACAAAAGAAGGAGCUUGCUCUAAAGUGUCACAUUUUCGUGAAAAUAACGACAAUGGACAGAAAGCACAAGUUUGGGCAUUUCUCUUGUGGAAGGAUUCACAAAUUCAACAGGAGACUACCGAUAAAGAUGCGACUAAUCCAUGGAAACUGUACCAGAAAUGGUGUAAGAUGGAUACACACGUAAGAGAUUCGUGGAUUGCAGCGGGAAAGACCAUACAAACCUUCACAAAGAUUAGUAAUGCGAAGAUGCAAGAUACACCGAUACAAAUUCAAUCGAACAGCGAAGGUGCCAAACCAAUAAUAGUUCGCAAAAUUAUUAGAAACGGACAACCGGAAGAAUCGGGCGAAGCUAAAAAGGACGCAAAGACACCAGACUCAAAAGUGCAGAAGUGCGAACCUAUGGAAGUUGACACGGACAAGAAAGAAAAACCAAGAUUGAAACCAUCGAUUAAGCCGAAGAGUAAAUCUGGCAAGGCAGCUGCUGAAGAAGAAAUGGAAUCGAGCAACGAAGAGUACGUUGUCGAGAAAAUUCUGGCCAAACGGUUUAAUCCAAAAAAGAGGUGCUCGGAAUACUUAAUUAAAUGGGAAGGUUAUGCACACGAAAAUAAUACGUGGGAAUCUUUGGAAGCUGUAUCAACUUGCAAGAAUAUGUUGGAAGAAUUCGAACGAAAUCUCGCUAAGCAGAAGGAGCUUAAAGCGGCGCAACAGCAAGCUAAUACAAAGAUCGUAGGACGUGCAAGUUUACCGGCGCAGAAGCCACCGAUAAAAGCUGAAGUUAAUAAACCUGGACCAAGUACAGCGGUUCAAGCAGGACGACCAAUGCGGUCUAGCAAGUCGAAAGCAAUGGAUCAAGUUAAGCAGUGGUGUGGUUCGAUGAAGGAUGAGGACAAUGAACUCUUGGGUAAGAGAAGAAUAGACGACUCGGAUAGCGACUCGGAAGAUGGUGGAAGCAGUGCCGCGAAAAGAACGAAAGCUGACACUGGUAGCGAUGAUGAAUGGACCGGGGAGUCCGAGGACGAGAGAUUGAUAGGCCGCAGCGAUGUGAUUCAGCGUGCAUUUAAUCGCGCUAAUGCACAGUCAAACGGAUCUAAUAGAGCGUCUGUUUCGACCACUGAUCUAGCGACUUCUCUAGGACUGCAGUCUCCGGAAGGACCAAAAUCUAGCCAGCCUCCUGUCCUGGUAGCUAAUGCCAAGGGCGUUGUCAAAGUCGAUCCCAAGCAGAUGCCGAAUUUAACUUCCGGUGUAUACGUCAUGUCGCGAAAGGAUGGUAUCAUUAAAUUGGAUUCGUCACCUAGUGGUAAACUGGCGGUCAAAGGGUCCCCCACGACGCAAGGUGUCCUAAUGGUUCAGAAUCGGGACAACAUGAAUGUAGUCAGGAAACAAGUUAUCUCGACGUCACAACCGAACUCGACCACUCCCGUGAAAGUUUUGUCGAAGAUGGACGGCAGUCAAGUGGUAACGCAGAUGAAGGUCGUCACCUCUAAGCCCAUUACACCGAAAGCAGGAGGCGUGCAGAAGACCGAGCCUAUAAAAAUACAACCGAAACCAGAUCCGUCGCAGUUACAACAGAUACAUGUUGUAACUGCGGUACCAACGCCGAUAACACUCCAACCGAGGAUGACUACGGGUAUAAGACCCACUUCCGUCACGCCUCAGCGAGCAGUUGAUGGCCGUCCCUUACUACCGAGACCAGCGUUGCGCGCAACAACGGCAACAAGUGUCCUUGGUACUAUUCGCACACCUGUACGAGCACCUGCGCCAAGACAGAUUCAGGCACAAGCGACGCGUCCGACAUUGCAGAAGCGUACAACGACGGUCGUAAGCACGCAAGCCAGCUCGCCAAGUGCCACGGGAACGGUUACGCAGAUUAGGCCGAAGUUCACGGUGCUUACUCCCACUCCCACGCAAUCAAAACAAGUGAUUAAAACUGGUACUAGUCCAGUGCAACAGCAACCGCAACAGGUAAAACAGUCUCCGAAAACGCCAGUGGGUAAGGCGCAGUCGUUGUUGUCUCCGCAGCAAAAAUUAUUAAUGGCAAAGAGAAAGGCGCAGGAAGCGGCGGGAAUAAUUAAACCGGGUGGUCGCGGGCUUUUGGCAGGUGCUCGCACCACUGCAGGUCGAGGCAGGGCAAAAAUAGGUACCGAGACCUCCCCAAUUUCCCAAGCUGGAAAGGCCAAGGAGAGCAAAUUAGCGGAGGGUGAUGGACUGCACAUGGAAUUCCACGAAGUUGGUUCGGAAGACAGUAGUAGUGAGGGUGAACCGGACUUACCACCGCCUCCAGAACCCGAUGCCAUUACGGCUCCGGAACCCGACAGUCCACCACGUCCGUUUACACUGUGCCCUCUGACGGGACGUAUAAUCGGACCGGACGGCGAACCAAUCGAGCAAACUACGGAGCCUGAAGCGGAAUCUACAACGUCCACAGCCGCAUUGUCGACUACAGUGAAGACCACGACCACAGCAUCCGAGACUACGAUAGAAGCAACCGCAGCUACGACCACCACCACCACCGCCGAAUUAGUUUUACCCUCUCUCGACUCGCUCGCGGAGGGCGGCGGUAUUAUGAGAGUAGAGAUGAGCCCUGGCGGUACAACCGGUACUAUUGUUCAAGCAAGCGAAACCGCGCAAAUCAAUCUGUCGAACGUGGCGGUACCCGCGCCCGACUUGCCUUGCUUGGAUGACAGCUCUACAGUCCCAGUAACGGCCGUUACGUCCACAGUAACGCCUUUAACGGAAACCACCGGCUCCGAGACGUCGAUCACUACGGCAUUGUCGACAGUCCCGGCAACAUCGUCCACCGUUACAAUGUCGGUGACGUCAUCCGAUGCCAAGCCUGAAGAGAAGACAACGGAAGAGAGAAAGGUCACAACGGAUGAUGCGUCCAAUUUGGUUACUAUAGCCGAGCACGGUGUGGUCUACCAAGUCGCAGGUCAGGCUGAGGAUGGACAAACGCUGUUGGUGACACGCGGUGCGGAUGGUGAACAGCAAUGCGUAUACGUGACUACCGAGCAGCAAGGUGAUGACGGCUCCGUCCUGACGUUGGACCACGCGGUUGCUGAAGCUGUGGCGCAGCUGAUCCCCGAUCAAGUCAAUCUCACACCCCAGUUUUACGUGAAGGAGGACGGAGCGGAAUCGACUGAGAAUUCGAUGGUAAUGUCUAUAAUGGAUAACGCAAACACGACCGAUGUAACAGGGACCCAAGAGGAUAACGAAGGACAGGCACAAGUUGUAGCUCAAGUAGUACAAGCUGAAGAGCCCACCCCAGGUGGAACUAGGAGAGUAGUACUGCUCUUACCAGAUGGAAAUUUCAUGAUGACUGAAGUGGACGAGGAGCAGUAUGCUGCACUGGAGCUUGAUAAGUGAAGACAGAUACAACUUUGAUGUAAUGUUAAGGAAAGAAAUACCAUGCGAUGCAUCGAAUUACAGCAUAUGAUACGUGCAAAUAGCAACAUGUACGUUUAAAACGUGAUCGUGAAUUGUAUAUAUGUAAGAACGUUCACUUCGUACAAUUGCACGUCAAUGGCAGUCUUAUAUGAUAUUUGGCGACUAGAUGCGAGACGAGGAAGACCGCUGUUAUACUGUAAAAACGGGAGGAAAAAAAGCUAACGGACAUCAAGAAAAAUCUACAUUUUAGAUUUAACAAGACACAUUUUAAAUAUGUAUGUCUCAGUGUAAAACAAUUCACUGAUAUCUCCAUUUUUUGUGUUUGACUUUUGUGGCAUCAAGUAGCACGGACACAUGAGAUGCAAGAAUAACAAAAAAACAGUACUUUCAUUGCAGUGACAUUAUUAUAGUACGUUCGAAGUAAGCAUUGUAUUUGUAGGAUAGUAAAGAUAUAAUAUGGGGUUUUAUAUUUUCCAAACAACAAUAAGCUUUGGUAAAAAAAAUCUUAUUCCAUGCAUACAAAGUCCACGGUGAUGAUACGGUUAUCAUGCCGGACGCACCUGUAAGGUAUAAUUAGAUUAUUGCAUUUCAUUAAUAAAGUGCAUUAAAUAUCAAACUAUGAUUAGAUUGAUCGGAUUGAAUAAUAAUCAGGAAAAUUCCUUUUAUUUUAAAUCUUAAUCUGUGCAUGAGUAUGAUUAAAAUGAGGUAUUGUAUGAAUGAUUGCAGGUGGUAGUUGUCUCGUAUUCAUUGUACGAUCGUAAUGCGUACUUUAUAGAGAGUUCGAUUGUGGAUGAUGCUCUAGCGCACGGACGCAGAAGAUUAAAGUCUGUUGUGUGCUAAUUUAUCUAGAAGUCUAGAAACGUCUUUAUUUAAAUACCAGACGGAAUAAUGUACCCGUACGUUUUAGUAAGCAACGUAGCAAAUUCUAUUGAGUAAUCGCCAUAUGCAGUGAAACUACUCGCUCAAGAAUUUUUAUGUUAAUUGUUAUUUAUGCAUAACAGUCUUUAAUAUUUAAUAUGGAUUGUAAUGUUAUACAAUCGAACUCGCUAUUACAUUACAUGGACUAUGUAUGCUUAUCUAUAGAAUAAAUAAGUGCACUCUAAUGAAACACUUAUAAUUUCUGAAUCUAUAUAAAGCUUAAAUACAAUGUUGUUGAACGGA